CCCCUCCAUUGCUCCAUUUGCAUCCCAGGAAAACCGCCAUCAUGACUGAGUACAUCAAGGUUGAGAAGGUCAUCCCCAAGCUGCCGCCGCCGGCCUUCAGCGACAUCUCCAAGGCCUCCAACGACCUUAUCAACAAGGACUUUUACCACACUGCCGCAGCUGCCCUCGAGGUCAAGCUCAAGGCCCCCAACGGCGUCAACUUCACAGCCAAGGGCACCUCUGCCCACGACGGCCCCGUCACCUCCUCUCUCGAGGGCAAGAAGUCGCUUCCCAAUGGCAUCAGCAUCACUCAAUCGUGGAACACUGCCAACCUUCUGGCUACCAAGGUUGAGCUCAACGACACCUUCGCCAGUGGCCUGAAGACUGAGGUUCUCUCUAACUUCAGCCCCGCUGCUGGCAACAAGGGCCAGAAGGUCAACCUGCACUUCAAGCAGCCCGCCUUCCACGGCCGUGCUUUCGUCGACUACUCGGCUGCUGGCGCCAUUGGCACUACUGCCGAUGCUGUGGUCAGUCACGAGGGCAUGGUUGUUGGUGGUGAGGUCGGCUACGACGUGCAGAAGGCUGCCAUUACCAAGUACUCGGCCGCCGUCGGAUACACGACCCCUCUCUACAACGCCGCCGUUACCGCUACCAACUCCCUGAGCGUUUUCACUGCCUCGUACUACCAGCGCGUCAACCCCGCCGUCGAGGCUGGUGCUCGUGCCGUCUGGGACUCAAAGUCCGGCAACAAUGUUGGUCUUGAGCUUGCCGCCAAGUACAAGCUUGACCCUGCAUCUUUCGCCAAGGCCAAGAUCAACAACCUCGGCAUUGCUUCCCUGGCCUACAACACCAAGGUCAACAGCGGCCUGACCUUUGGUAUUGGCGGCUCUUUCGAUACCCAGAAGCUGAACGAGGCCGGCCACAAGCUCGGCACCAGCUUCACCUUUGAGGGUUAAGCGCCUGAUCAAGAGACGCAUGUGGAUAGCAGAAUAGAGAAAAAACAAACAAGCUAUAGAUUCCAUUGGUUCUCGCAACGCGGGAUCAUAUCAAUCUAGUGUCAAAGAACACGAGUAGUCUUGGAUAUGCGCCUGUAUGAGAUUGAGUCUCAAUGCAAGGUUAUAAAGAUAUUUGCUCUAGACAUUGAAAUGAGGUGCUGUGAU